AUGGCAGACGUGUCCGAUCCUAUCAUUCGUGAAACCUAUGACGAAGUAAGGGACGACAGGAACGAAACAAAUUGGCUGCUUCUUCAAUACGCUUCGGAUAAGUCGGACCAGAUUGUUUUAAAAAAAAAAGGCACACAGGGUCUCUCCGAAUUUGUGAGAGAACUCGAUGAAUCUCAGGCAGCGUUUGGUUAUAUAAGAUUAAAUGUGUCGAAUGAUGAAUUAAGUGUAAGGACAAAGUUUGUAUUUGUAACCUGGAUUGGAAGUAGUGUCAAAGUCAUGAGAAAAGCAAAAUUAUCGGUGCAUGUAGCUGACGUAAAAAGAGUUAUCCAGGCUUACGCAGUCGAAAUCAAUGCUCACGAAAAGUCCGAGCUCGAUGAAGGGGAAAUCCUCACGAAACUCCGAAAAGCCGGAGGUGCCAAUUAUGAUAGGGGAGCUCAUGAUUAUUGA